AUGGCGGCGGCGUGGCCGGAGCUGGAGGCGGCGGCGCGGGAGCGGCGGAGGGAGCUGGCGCUGCAGGGCGCGGCGGUGGCCGAGCGGGUGGCGGCGGGCGGCGGGCGGCUGCCGGCCGAGCUGCUGGCGCUGCCGCUGCUGCAGUCGCUGGAGCUGAGCGGCUGCGCGGCGCUGAAGGAGCUCGGCCCGGGGCUGGCGGCCGCGCUGCCCGCCCUGCACACGCUGGUGCUGAGCGGCAACGCGUUGGGCCCCGCCGGGCUGGGCGCGGGGCUGGGCGGGCCGCUGCCGGCCCUCCGCCUGCUCGACCUGUCCGGGAACGGGCUGGAGGCGCUGCCCGCCGCGCUGGGCGGCGCGGGGCCGUCGGAGGAGGGGGGCGAAGCCGCGGCCUUCCCGCAGCUGCGCAGCCUCAACCUGAGCGGGAACCGCCUGCGGGAGCUCGGCCCGGGGCUGGCGAGCGCCGCGCCGCAGCUGCGGGAGCUGCUGCUGUCCGGGAAUCGGCUCCGCGCGCUGCCCGGGGCGCUGCUGCCGCCCGCCGACGCCGCGCCGGCGCCGUUCCCGCUGCUCAGCCGGCUGGAGGCGGCCGACAACGAAGUGGAGGAGCUGAGCCCGGACAUCGCCGCGCUGCCCGCGCUGAAGAGUCUGGACGUGGCCAACAACCGGCUGAGCGCGCUGCCCGCCGCCUUGGCCGAUUGUCCCCGCCUGAAGGACGCCAACCUGCGCGGAAACCCGCUGCGGGACCGCCGCCUCGAGAAGAUGGUGAACGGCUGCCAGACCCGGGCCGUGCUGGAGUACCUGCGGUCCAAGGGCCGCGCCGAGGGCGGCCGCGAGGAGACCCGCAGGAGAAAACGGGAGAAACAGCAGAAAAAGGACGGCGGGGACGGCGAGCGCGACGAGGCGGAGGCGGUCGGGAAGCUGCUGCUGAAGGUCCUGCACGUGGGCGACAACCCGGCGCCGAUGGUGGUCAGGGCGAGUCCGGGCGUCAGGGACGUGCGGCCCUACAUCGUGUGCUGUGUGCUCAGAGGGGUGCGGCUGCGGCCGGCGAACGCCGUGCGGAGGUUCCUGAGCGCCCAGACCAAACUGCAUGAAGAUAUAUGUGAAAAGAGGACAGCGGCCACGAUUGCCACCCACGACCUGCAGCUGGUCAAAGGGCCCCUGACGUACGGCGUGCAGCCUCCUGCUGAGCUGAAGAUAACUCCUCUGGGCCGAAAGGAGAUCAACGCCAAGGAUCUCCUCCGUCAGCUGCAGGUGGAAGCAGAGGAGCAGAGGAAGCAGAAGAAGCGGCAGAAUGUUUCUGGGUUGCACAAGUAUCUGCAGUUAUUGGAUGGCAAAGAUAACUACCCGUGUCUCGUGGAUGCUGAAGGCGUUGUGAUUUCUUUCCCACCAAUAACCAAUAGUGAGAAAACAAAGAUCAGAAAAACCACCCGUGAUCUGUUCCUGGAAGUGACCAGCGAUACGAGUUUGCAGAUAUGCAAAGAUGUCAUGGAUGCUCUCAUUUUGAAAAUAGCAGAACUGAACAGAUUCACCAUGGAAAAUAAGGAGGAAGGCUCGGGCUCUGAUGAUGAAUCAGAUGCUCUUUGUGGACCAGUGAAUGUGAACCCCACCCAGAACACGCAGCAGCCGCUGGUGGUGGAGCAGGUUCGAGUGGUGGACAUGGAUGGAAACUUGAAAGUACUUUAUCCUUCAAAAACUGACCUGGCCACAGUGUCCUCCCUGCUGACAGUGAUACGCUGACUGCUAUCAAAGAUAAGAAAAUUACUCUGUUCUAUUUUUCUUUUUUCCAUAUUCAAGAAUGCAACCUGUACGCAGUGAGGGUGUUUUAAAGAAGAGAUGCAGUGCACCCUGCCUGGCUAUGUAGAGCAUCUAAAGUUUGAUCAAGUCCUGGCAAGGAGGAUUGCAUUCUCUCUCAGCCUUAGAGAAAGUCAGCAGCAUUCUGACUAGCUGGAGGCAACAGCAUCUGCCAGUGCAAACCUAAAAGCAGGGAAGGUAUUCAAAGUCAGAAUCCACCAGCUUGGAAGAGAAUCAUGAUGAUAUUUUAGUUGAUAAAACAAAUGCAGUUGUAUUUCUCUGCAAGGUUACUCCUCCUUCCUGGUGCUUCAGCUGGAUUAUCAUCUUCAUAGCUGAACUGGGAAAUCCAGUAGGUGACAGCACUGAUGCUGUUAUGUGCUGUGUGCCAGU